UCGUGCCCGAGCGAGUGGCCCCGCGGAGCCGGCGCGCUCCCGCCUGCAGGGGGAGGGCGGACGGGGCGCCGGGACCGGCCAGGCGGCGGGCGCUGUUUCUCUUUCACUUUCCUUCCCUGUGAGGCCGGCGCGCUGGCGGGCGAGGAGCGGCGGCGGCGGCGGCCGCGGGGCAUGGGAAAGCAGAACCACCAAAAGGAGUGAUGACCAGCAAUCUUGUGAUAGAUCUGGAUGUUAGUUCUCAUGCCUCAGGAUAUCCAGUUGGGAACUCCAUACCAGCUCUUGGGAUCAGACUUUCAUCCACUUAAUACCCUUCUUUACCUGAACUACUGAAGCCAGCCCUAGCUAACUACGAAUGGCUACCCAAAGGAAACACUUGGUGAAAGAUUUCAAUCCUUAUAUCACCUGCUAUAUCUGUAAAGGGUAUCUGAUCAAGCCAACUACAGUGACCGAAUGCCUCCAUACCUUCUGUAAGACUUGUAUUGUUCAGCACUUUGAAGAUAGUAAUGAUUGUCCAAGGUGUGGCAACCAAGUUCAUGAGACAAAUCCAUUAGAAAUGUUGAGGUUGGAUAAUACAUUAGAGGAAAUCAUAUUUAAACUGGUCCCUGGACUACGAGAACAAGAACUUGAGCGUGAAUCUGAAUUUUGGAAGAAAAAUAAACCUCAAGAAAAUGGACAAGAAGACAGGGUUCCAGAGGAUUGUCCUCAGAAGCUAUGUGAUGAUACUUCAAAAGUUGACAAACCUAAAGUAGAUGAAGAAGGUGAUGAAAAUCAAGAUGAUAAAGACUAUCACAGAAGUGACCCACAGAUUGCUAUAUGUCUAGAUUGUUUACGAAAUAACGGACAAUCAGGGGACAAUGUAGUAAAGGGUUUAAUGAAGAAAUUCAUUCGGUGUUCUACACGUGUAACUGUGGGAACUAUUAAAAAAUUUCUAAGUUUAAAACUAAAACUUCCAAGUUCUUAUGAGUUGGAUGUGCUGUGCAAUGGUGAAAUUAUGGGGAAGGAUCAUACUAUGGAAUUUAUCUACAUGACAAGAUGGCGACUAAGAGGCGAAAACUUUCGGUGUCUGAACUGCUCAGCUUCGCAAGUCUGCCCUCAGGAUGGCCCUUUGUAUCAGUCAUAUCCCAUGGUAUUGCAGUAUCGACCAAGAAUUGAUUUCGGGUAGACCAAGGGGUCUCGAUCCCACUGAGAUGAACCUGCACUAUUGUUUACUCAAGGACAGAUUGCACAGCAAACGGUGUGUGGACUAGAGGGAUGCAAUCAGACUUUCAGCAUGCAAAUAAGGCCAUUGUCUGUCUCUAAAUUGUCAGUUGCAUUUAUGUUGUUUCUAUUAAGAGCAAACCAAGUGCCAUUCUGCUACUGAACCAUCUGCAUAAUUUAUUUGUGCUGUCUCUCAGUGUACAGUCACGGUGAAAUCAGCUGGGAGUGCAGCCCUGACGCAGCCUUCGGAACACUUCUCUUGCCUGUUCUAAUGUUUGAUCACACUACUAAUGUGGCUCAGUCUUUGUGGUGUUACAGUUUUCACAUACUUACUAUUUUAUUCAUUCUUGUUUAAAUAGAGUAUUAUACAAGAAACUAGUAAUUAAAUCUCAAAAUUAUUUUGUACGGGAAAUAUAUUUAGAAAAAUGGUUUUUGAGCCACUGUCCUGUUCUCAGUAAGCUUUCUGUGUGCAAAAUAGUUCAUCUUUUGGGAAGAAUUCCAAUUAUUCUUUAACAUUAGAACACAUUGUAACUGUAGGCAUUUUAAGUCAUCUGUCAGUAUAGUCUACCAAUUGCACAAGGAGGGCAUGUUAGCCCUUCAGAUUGAAAAUGUAUGUGACUCUGGGAGAACUGAAGCUAGAUUCACAACCGUUCAAAAUGUUGGCAGCUGAUCACAUUUCUAACAAAAUAAUGUGUAAGUAGGGUUAAUCUCUCAUAAUGCCUUAGGACAAGCAGGUGCUGCUUCAUGAACUGUCAUUGUGUAGCCUAUUUUUAUGGAUGCAUCAUUAUAUUGUUGCUCUUGUUUAAUGAGGACAUUGUUUCUGUUUUUUAAGUUGGCCUUAGGUGUGUCAUUGUGGCAUGCAGAGGGUUAUGAUGAUUUUAAAUAUUAGAAUCUUUAGAGCAGAUAACAUUAGCUAUUUUAUGGAUUUCAGAAGUCUCAAAGCAGUUGUAGAUUAAAACUGUUAGUUACCUAUCACAUUUCCAAACCAUUUGCAUAAAAUAGAAUAAAUGCAGUGUAGUAGAUAAAUAUGCCAACCAAAAUUAAUGGUCUGAGGAUAUUUCAUUUUAGAUCCUGUAGCAAUCGGGGAAAUGGGAUACUGUUUUAUACGUAAGCUCAUUAAGGUCAGAGCUAUAAUAAUGUCCUUGAUUUAGCAGCUUUGUUAAGUCUUCCAUUAAUUUUGAGAUUAGUCUGCAAGUCAAAGAAAGUCUUGUUACCUUAAAUUAUAUGAAGAACUUUGUUUUAAACGU